AUGUUCAUUGAGAACUACGACAACUUUCCUGAUUGAUUUCAUAGGGUUAUUCUUGGUUUAUUUAAACAAUACGCCAAGAAAGUUACAAAAUCAAAGCUUUUGUCUUAUGCUAAAUAAAAACUACUUUUCUCAACACACAUUGGAUAUUUGUCACAUUAUUUGACAUACUGAGUUGUGCCAAGUUGGAGGUGCCCAGCAUGGGCCAGUAGGCCUACUUGCAGUGUUCCCUCAUUCUUAUGUUCCUGUAUCUGUAUCCAUAAUAUCAAUGGCAGCAAACUCGUAGUAAACAAAAAAAUUAUGUUAUUAAAUACUUAAAAUAAAUAAUAAGUUAGCCAUUAACCAGUACUGGGUUUCUACCACAACGACCUACAGCUACUGAAUGGAACUUGGGCAUUAACAUAUUUUCACUACACACCUUUCAUACAUCAUGGAAUAAGUAUUUCUUAUGCAAAUUGUUAUUUAAGAGAUAUUAAUGAAAAGAAAUUAGGUUAGGUUAGGUUUAGUUAAGGUUAGUUUAGGCUACAUUUACUUAGUUAAUUUAGGUACAAGUACACAUAGGUACAAUCAUCAUAUCAAUCAAUCAAUUUUUAUUUCCUUGCAAGAUUACACUGAGAUUAUGAAAUUACAAAAAUGAAUUGCAGUGCAAAAAGAGUCACUAUCAUGCCUAGGCAUUAUGGGCAGACUUAAUUUAAUGGCUUACAGACUAACUGAUACUAAAGAAAUUGAACAUAGUUUGUUUAAGUUGUACAUCUUGUUUAAUUAUAGUACACAGUAAUUUUACUCAAAUUACAAUAUUUUCAAUAGUAAAUAUUGAAAUUAUAUUAUGGGAAUAAAAGAGUGUGAGUUGUUGAAAGUAGUUUACAGUAUGAGAAUGUUACAAUUGGGUGUAAGGCAGUCAGGUUUUGGGUAGGUAUUUAUACUACAAGGUACUUUUAAUCAAGGUAUGAACUUUGGGCAUCACGUUUUGAAGUUUAAAGAUUUAGGUGAUUGGGAGAUUUUUGGGUAAAGGUAAAUAUUGAGUAUUUAGUUUAGGGUGAGUAAGUGGUUUUUGAGAAGAAUCUUAAAUUGAGUAGUUGUAAAUUAAAUAGGAUAACCUAAAAAAAAGUUAGUGACUUGUUUCCUUUGGAAUCUUUAUAAUAUUUUAUAUAAAGCCUAGCUUUAAAUAAUACAGUGCAUUAUACUCUUAAAAAUUAAAACAGCUAAGUACCUCAACUGUGUGAAAAUCAGUUACAGCAAAAAGAGCCAUAAUAGGAAUAAAGUGAAUGAGUUAUUUACAUGAACAUUAAAUAUAGAGGAUAAGCAUACAAUAAUAGGUACAUGAACGUUAACUAUACUACAGAUCACUCUUCUCCCUUUCUGUAGCUUCAUUCAUAAGUUACAUUUUAGUUAUAAUAAUAAUAAUCUUUAUUUCUACUAGCACACUAUAUAACUUAUACAGACCUGAUUGGAGUAUCCCUGGAGAGGAUUUCAGGGGCCAGCAUCCCCACAUCCCAGUCUGUGACCAGGCCUCAUGGUGGAUCAGGGUCUGAUCAACCAGGCUGGUACUGUUGGUUGCAUGCAAUCCGACGUACGAACCACAGCCUGGAUGAUCAGGUACUGGCUUGAGGUGCCUGUCCACGCCUUCUUGAAGACAGCCAGGGGUCUGGCUGUCUUCAAGCCAAGCGAGCUACUGGCACCCGUUUUUUAUUGGGGGGAUGUUGCAUCGUCUGCUGAGUCUUUUGCUUUCAUAGGGAGUGAUUUUCGUGUGCAAGUUUGGUACUAAUCCCCCUAGGAUUUUCCAAGUGUAUAUAAUCAUGUAUCUCUCCUGCCUGUAUUCUAGGGAGUACAGGUUGAGGAACUUCAAGCAUUCCCAGUAAUUCAGGUGUUUUAAUGCAGUUGUGUGUGCCGUGAAGGUUCUCUGUACAUUUUCUAGGUCAGCAGUUCCACCUGCCUUGAAAGGUGCUGUUAGUGUGCAGCAAUAUCCUAGCCUAGAUAAAACAAGUGACCUGAAGAGUGUCAUUAUGGGGUUGGCAUCCCUAAUUUUGAAGGUUCUCAUAGGCAUCCUGUUAGUUUUCUAGCAGAUGUAAUUGAUACAAUGUUAUGGUCUUUGGAGGUAAGAUCCUCUGACAUUAUCACUCCCAGGUCUUAUACAUAAGUUUUUUGCUCUAUUAUGUGGUUGGAAUUUGUUUUAUACUCCGAUAUAGUUUUAAUUUCCUCACAUUUUCCCUAUCGGAGUAAUUGAAAUUUCUCAUCGUUGAACUUCAUGUUGUUUUCUGCAGCCCAUUUAAAGAUUUGGCUGAUGUCCGCCUGGAGUCCUGCGGUGUCUUCAGUGGAAGACAUUGUCAUGCAGAUUUGGGUGUUAUCUGCAAAGGAAGACACGGUGCUGUGGCUUACAUUCCUGUCUUAUGUCAGAUAUAAGGGUGAGGAGCAGGAUGGGGGUGAGUACUGUGCCUUGUGGAGCAGCUUUUCACAGUAGCCACCUCAGACUUUACUCUGUUUACUACUACUCUUUGUGUUCUGUUUGUUAGGAAAUUAUAGAUCCAUCUACCAAUUUUUCUUGUUAUUCGUUUAUCACACAUUUUGUGCACUAUUAUACCAUGGUCACACUUGUCAAAGGCUUUUGCAAAGUCUGUGUAUACUACAUCUGAAUUUUGUUUGUUUGCUAGAGCAUCCAGGCCCUUGUCAUAGUGGUCCAGUAGUUGGGACAGGCAGGAGUGACCUGCUCUAAACCCAUGUUGCCCUGGGUGUGUAACUGAUGGGUAUCUAGAUGGGUGGCAAUCUUGCUUCUUAGAACCCUUUCAAGGAUUUUUAUGAUAUGAGACGUUAGUGCUAUCGGUCUGUAGUUCUUUGCUAUUGCUUCACUGCCCCCAUUGUGGAGUGGGGCUAUGUGUGUUGUUUUUAGCAGCUGUGGGACGACCCCUGUGUCCAUGUUUCCUCUUCAUAGGAUGUUAAAAGAGCAUGAAAGGGGCUUCUUGCAGUUCUUGAUGAACACUUGAGUUCCAUGAGUCUGGGCCUGGGACAGAGUGCAUGGGCAUGUCAUUUAUCGCCUUUUCGAAGCCAUUUGGCAUCAGGAUAAUAUCAGAUAGGUUCAAGUCUACCAGAUUCUGUCUCUCUCUCAUAAAAAAUUCAUUUAGGCCUUCAACUCGGUCUGGUUAGCGGCUUGCUAAAAAUCGAGUGAUAUUGGGAGUAGCUCUCACAUUUCCUUGCUGUCAUCUGUGUAGCACCCAUCUCGUUUAAGUAGGGGCCCAUUACUGUAUGUUGUUCUUGACUUUGAUUUGGCAUAAGAAAAGAAAUAUUUUGGGCUUUUCAGUUUCAUUUAUGGCUUUUAGUUCUUCCUGCGUUUCUUGACUCCUGUAAGAUUCUUCUAGCUUUAGUUCGAUGUUUGCUAUUUCUCUGACCAUUGUCUCCCUAUGUAUUCCAGAUAUAUUGGCCUCUUUUAGCUGAUCUUUUUAUUCUUUACCUUUGCCUGUAUAGGGAGCACCUUUUUAUUUCUAGUUUACAGUUUCUCCUCCUUUUUCUUAAAGGAAUAUGCCUUGAGCAUACCUUGAGUGCCACAGAGUGUAUUUGUUCUAGACAAAGGUUUGGAUCUAUGUUGCUUAGGCUAUUUUUCCAGUUUAUAUCAUUUAGGACCUGGUUUAUGUGGUCCCACCUUAUGUUUUUGUUACUGAAGUUGAAUUUGGUGAAGGCUCCCUCGUAACUGAUCACAUUUUGUUGGUCUGGGGGCCCGUGCAUACAUGUCUGAGCCUCUGUUAUGUUGUCAUCUGAGUAUGUUGUUUUUGAUAUGGUAAUAUUUUGUAUCAGAAUAUCAUUGUUAGUGAACAUAAGGUCCAGUGUAUUCUCCAAUCUUGUAGGCUCUAUUAUUUGUUGGUUUAAGGUGAAUUUGGUGCAGAGAUUUAAAAGCUCAUGUGUGUAGGUGAGUUUUCAUCUGAGCUGUCUCCUGGUGUUAUCUCUGCUACAACAUUAUUUGCUACAUUCCUCCAUUUUAGGUACCUUAGUUUGAAAUCCUCCAGGAUUAAGAUGUUGGGGGCUGGAGCUGGAAGAUUUUCCAGACAGUGAUCAAUUUUCAAAAGCUGUUCCUGGAAUUGUUGGGAAGUUGCAUCCAGAGGCUUGUAUACAACCACAAUUACCAGGUUUGGUUCUUGAGCUUUACUGUCAAAACUUCAACUACAUCAUUUGGGGCGUAUAGUAGUUCCGAGCAUAUGAGUUACUGUGAUAUACAGCCACCCCCCCUUCCCUCCCCUUUUGCCUGUUCACACUGUCGUAUCUGUAUAGGUUGUAACCCGUGAUCCAUGUUUUAUUGUCAAGGUGAUCCUUUAUGUGGGUGUCUGUGAAAACCAUGAACAUUGCAGUGGACAUGGUAAGCAGUCCACAGAUGAAAGGUAUUUUGUUGUUCUUUGCUAGCUUUAGACCCUGUAUAUUUGCAAAGAUGAAUGUUGUUGAACUGGCGGUAGAGCAUUUCGGACAAUUAGGUUAAUUUUGUCCCCAGGAUAUGAUCCACACUAGCCAACUAAGACCCAGGUACCUGCUUAUUGCUAAGUGAACAGGGAUAGCAGGUGUCUUAAGGAAACACACCCAAUGUUUCCUCUCAUACAGUGGAUCGAAUCACGGACCUCAGUGUGUGAGUCAAGUGCAUUACCAACCAAGCUACUGGAGUUCUCUUUCUGAACUGGCUCAUGCUGGAACUGAUAGUACAUACGGUAGUGAAGGAAGAUGCCAGCACUAGUGGUUUUCCAGCGACGGUGGCGUAUUGGAAGUGAUGACCUCGUCAUACCUGGCAUUAUAGAAGUUCUGUUACGUGCAGGAUGGCUCGGGCUGGCACUGACACUAUUUAUCCAUCAUGAAUCUGACACCUCCAUGUGCAGCAGUGGCAGUCACCUUCUCCGCCUCUUCCUCUUGGGUAGCAUGGUUAUCUUGGGAAUAACACUCAUAAUAACUGUGGCACUGGUAUUGUUCAGCAGCCGUGGAACCAUUAUGAACACUGCUCCCCGCAAACGAGUGUCUCAUCUUCUUGUGACUAGAGUUAUAUUCGGUAUCCCUGAAGUUGCAUGGAAUGCAAUGGGAACUGUGUGGAUAGUGAUGGGUGAAAUUCAUUGUGAACAAGAUACAGCCUUGCCUAUUCUUAUGAAAGCUCUUGUCAUCUACACCUGGGUGGCCAUUGGACUCAUUAUUGUUGGGAUUCUUUUGCUGUUCGAUCCCAUGAAGCGACCCAGCAGGCAGGGGCUUGUUGAAGGUGGCGCUUUAGGGAGUCAUUAUAUUCAGCUGUGGGAGAAACGCUGUCGCUUUCUCUGUUGUGUAAGGUCACGUGACGAGAAUAGCUCUGAAGCCUUCAGGAAUGUUGCAGAUGUAUUUGCCUCUCUAUUUGAGGAAAGUGACUUAGUGGCAUCUGACUUAGCCUCAGCCUUGGUGCUACUGAGACUGAAAAGAAAACAUGAGGAGAGACAGGAGGAGUCCUUCAGGAAGACCAAUCUCCAGCUGCCCAUCAGUCGCUCUUCCACAGCCAGCAUUGGUGCCUUAGAGGAUGAAGGAGGAUUGUUAUGCCACCAGUCACCACGACCUGAGUGGAUGAAAGUUGGCAGUGCCUAUCACUUUAUGAAGUUUGCGCUGGCCUCAUAUGGCUGGCCCUGGUUUGUUUAUGGCCACUUAUGUCAAGCAUGUUGCUCUCUCUGGUCACACUUGCGCUGUUGCAUGUGCUGCAGAUCGGUACCACAGUUUGAUAUGCAUGACAACUGUUGUCUGUGCAAUACAGCAGCACUCAAAGCAAUCACUGGUCUUACUGAGGAGAACAUCACCUACAUCACCUUCCACAACAAAAUAUAUGAGGUACUUUGAAGAUAAUGGUACUGUAGCAUCUCUGUAGCAUGGGUAGUUUCCCAGCUGUGUAU